GAAACGCGACAAGGGAUAGGGCGCGUGUUGGUAGAGCAGUGUUGGGAAAAUGCCGACAACGCAAACGCAGCCGAGUCGGUGCCAACGGUGGUAGAGCUGAGGCUGAGGCGAGUCAGAGAGAAAGAAAGAGCGAGACCGAGAGAGGCCCUAACCGUAAACUUAUUAUCAGCAGCACCGAAUUCCAGCAUCAUUGACAGAGUGGCAACACAGACGGAACGAGGAAAAGAUUAUUGAUUUCAGCAACGUGAUGUGAGCAGAGGGCCAACAAACGAAGCCGCCAGAAUCGAAACGGUGAAUUCCAGCAGAACCGGAAACGUUGCAUCGCCUACCACUCUCUGCCGUUGCCCAGCAACUGUGAAAAAGUGAUUUUGCUGUAGUGAUUAAUUUUCCACUAAAAAGGGCACUUUGCUCUGUAGAGGUGUGUGUGUCGUGAACGUGUCUUCUGGAAUUUUGGAGUGUACCAGUACGAUAGUAGAAUGUUGAAGCAGGAAAACUUGGCCGCCAACUUCUGUGGGCUACUGUCCGUUAGUGGAAAUAAAGAUGUCGCUAUCGAGUGGCGCAUUCUGGGGAAGGAGCAGGAUAGCUCACUGCUCGCUAGCUGGGUAUCGUUCGACCCCCGGAAAGGACGCGAGGAGCAACGAACUAACAUCGGCAUUUACACGCCGAAAAGCAAAACGUUCGACGUGCUGUACACCUUCCCGGGCCGAGAGAACGUAAUUCAGGCUUCGGUUAACCUCACGCACACCCUGCUGCUGUACGUAACGAAGCAGAUCAAGCAGGACGUGUCCGGCCACAACGGGGACAUUUACCGUGCGUACCUGGUGGAGGUGCGCCCCAAGCUGGACGCGGCACAGCCCCAUCUGCUGCUCGAGGUCGAGCGCAACCGGCAGGUAAUGGCAACGUUCCUCUGGCGCAAGCUGUCCACCUUCGAGAAGCACUAUCAGGACAAAUUUUUGCUCCUGGUACACCACGAGCACGUGCUGCUGUAUACGGCGUCGCUGAAAAAGCUCGAACAACAGUCGGAGGAGGAGGAUGCGCUUGCUGCGGGGAGCAGUAGCCGCAUCGAUUACACCAACCCCAACGCCUGGGAGUUGGAUCGGGACGGGCUGAAAAGCGAAACGCUAACGAAAGCCUUCAUAUGGGCCCAGUGGGAUCCAACCGUCCAAGCGUUGUACUACAUUCAUCUCAAACCGACGGCACGCACCAUCUUCGAGAAGGAGGACGACGCAGCGGGCGAGCAGGGCGAACCGACCAAACGGCUACAGCCGACCCUGUCCGCGUUUCAGUUUCACGACGAUCUGCCCACCGAAACGGUGCUGAACAUUCCGCUGAAUCUGCCGAAAAUUCCUUCCUCCAGCAGUGAGGACAUCUACGAGGACGAUACCGUCCCGCUGCGCAUACACGACUCGUCGCUCAAUCUCGUCAUCGUGAGCGACGAGUCGGGGAUGCUGUUCGUCUGCCACUACUACCUGUACCAGCCGGUCAAGCAGCGGGAGGAGGAGGCACCACAGGCGAACGGUGGGACCACGGCGCAGACCAUCUUCGACGUACACUUUGCGUACUCGGUGACGAUCCUGCACCACGGGUGCGUCAUACACUGCGUCAUGCCGGGCAUACCGUGGGAGAAGGCGAAGCUAAUGAAGCCCACGUUUACGCUGCACGGCGACCACCACGUGCUGGUGUUUCAAGCGGACCUGUUCAUGCACCUGCUCGAUGUGGGACUGUCGCACGAACCGUCGUGCCAUAUCGUGUGCGCACCGUUUACCCGCGCGCCCAUUACGCAGCUGGUGCCGUGCUUCGCGACCAACAACAUUUGCUACGAUUCGGCCACGCUCGAUCUCAUCUCGAUCACGAUACCGAAGUCGCACCUGAUCGAUGCGUUCCGGAACGAUACGUCGAUAGACAAUCGGUUGGCAAUCGUGCACUACUUCCUGGCGCACUCGACCGGGGGUGAUAUUAUUGAAAUCUUUUCCGAGAUCCUGAGCAUCAUCAUGGAACGGCCACUUCAUCUGGACACGGUACCGCUGCUGAAGGAAGCACUCGUGGCGGGCACGUACGCAUCGGCCAAGAAAGGGCUCACCCAGGACCAGCUGGCCCUGUUCCGGCUGCUUCCGCUAACCACCUGCAGCUCGAGCAAGCCGAUCGAAGCCAAGGUGGGCAAGCUGAGCGUGGGCCUGUCGCACGAAACGCUCUACAACACGUCGAUGAUGUUGCUGUCGCCCCAGCAGCGCCUCUCGCCCUUCCGCAAAGACAUCUGGACGCUGCUGUGGGAUCGGCUGAGCGAUACCGGUGGCAGCAGCAAGGAACGGCCCCGCUUCCACCAGGAGCAGGUGCGCGAGAAGCUGAUGUACUCGCUCGCCUGCUACCAGCCGGAGGCGCUGUCCCGCUGCACCACCCCAAUGUCGCCCGCCAACCCGAUCGGUGGGGCCACGUUCGGGCUGGACUUUGUGGCGGGUGCCGGUGGCGUCGGCGGCGGUGCCCGUGCCAGGCUGCAGAACGAUCUACCGUUCGUGGAAACGGAGGCGUGCACCGCCAACAAGCAGGAGCUGGUGCUGAACGUGAAUCUGCGCGAGCUGAGCAUGCAUCUGGUAAAGCACAGCGUAAAGGAGGUGACGGGCUUUCGGUGGCUGAAGAACGCCUUUUACGACACCAAUCCGGCCACAUCGCACGUGCAUGCCGUUGCGACGCGCUACGUCGCCGCGCAGCUGGAACAAUCGCGCGCGCUCUGCGUGCUCGCGUGCCGUACGGCCGGCCUUGACCAUGCGCUCGCGGUGGAGGGUUCGGAAAGCCGCGGCUUUGCGCUGAUCGAUCAGCUUGAGCGGGCCCUGCAGGUACGGCUGUUUGCCAUGCUCGAGCGGUACUGUUUGGCGGUGGAGACGCUUGCCUUUCCGCUGCCGCUCGGUUUCUGCUCGUUCUUUUCGUACCUCGGCUACCGGGCGCUGCCGUUCGACGGGUUCAUGCAGUACGUCGAGCACCACGUGUUCGAGCUGCAGAUCGACGUGGUGAAGGUGAUCUUUGCCGACAUCGAGGACACACCGGAUGGGAUUCGGCGGAAGCUGAAUCUGCUCAUGAUACUGCCCCGGUCGAGGGCACGCCGGCUGCUGAACAGCUGGAACCAUCCGGUCAGCGCGAUGCUGCGCGGGCGCGAACACGCGAUGAACAUUCUGUCCGGCAACUCGGUGCAUCCGCGCGGAUCGUCGCAUCUGAGGAAGCGCGACUAUCAACCGAAAGGUAGCAAGUACUCGAAACGUCGGAGACGGCUUCUGCCCGGUUAUCCGCGCGUGUGUUGCAUGUAUUGAAUCGUGUUUUUGGUUUGUUUUGUGUUGAAUGUUUUGUUAUUCUGUUCCUUGCCACUUGCUUUAGUAACGGUUGUGAUCGUUUUUUCGGUUGGUUCGGUUGCGCGCGCUCAGAUGUAAAACAUUGCAUGCCCUCGCCGCCAUCAUUUCACACGAGCCGUUCGGUUCACAAACCGCCACCGGCUGCAUCCUCCUCACCCUCAUCCUGCUCGGAAGCUUCCUCGCCCAUCUCAUCCUCCGGGUACGAUCAGACGGAAAACUCGUCCCGGUCGCGCAAUCUACGUACCUACGCGAGCCUCAACGCGCUCCGGCUCGUUACGUCCCCUUCGUCGCUGGUCGAUCUGGAGGCGGGCAGCGCCACUGCCAGCGACCGGGCCGGGGAGGAUGAAAAGGAGGAACAGCAGGCGCCCAACGUUACCAUUACCUUUGGCAGUUCCCGGUCGACGGGGUCGAAUGGGGCGGCCAGAACGCGCUUCCAGCGGUUCCGCUGCACCUCCUCUACAUCCUCGUUUUUGAUGCAGCUUUGCCGUGACUCACCGUCGGAUAAAAUUGUCCGACUGUCAAGACGGCAUACAGCGGUUGCCCGUGCCCGUUGCCUUAAUGCCGGACUGGAUGCGUCCCUGAAAACAACGCUCCUGCUAGGCGUUGGAUAUUUAAUUCUGGCCAGCACGAUCAUCGCUGUGGUCGUGUUUGCUACACUCGAAUUCCGCAUUGUCCCAUCAAUUGCCUGGUGUACGCAGGCGAUUAGAAUGCUUUUUUAAAACGACAGCUUCCAUCCGUUCACUGACUCGUUCACGGGGCUCGAAACACGCAUCAUUCCAUUUUUCCCAUCUGCAUGCAUCAUUUAUUGG